AUGAAGUGCUUCUACAAUGAACACGCCUAUGACUAUCCCUUUUCCGCUGUAUCUCUCGCCUACUUCCUUCGUUAUCCGAAUCGCUAUUCGCGUCAUGUCUUAUCUACUGACGUGAUCGAGCAAUUCAUCGACCCGAACACACACCGCCUCCACUCAACUCGGCUCCACCUGAAGAGGACCAAGAUCCCCUUGAAUAUUUUGAAGCUAGUACCCAAGAGAUUAGGUGGAUCCGACCACUCCGCUCAGAGUUAUAUCUUGGAAACCAGCGUAAUCGAUCCUACACAAGGCUGGAUGAAGACCGAGUCUCGCAACUUAGAAUGGACUGGCAUUCUCAGCGUCGUUGAGAGACAGCACUAUCAGCGCCUUCUCGCGAGCGAGAACGCUGGCGCUCUAGAUGGAAUCUCACUCGAUCGGAAGAGCGAGCAAACUACUGUCUAUACCAAUGUUACCCUGCGCUCUAGAUUCGGACAGGGCAUGGUUUUUGGUCGCAGAAAUGACACCGAUAAGAAAGAAGAAGAUAACAAGACAGGCUUGCUUUCUUCCUUAUCCGCAGCCGGCAUCGAGCGGACUAUUGAAUUGAUCGGUGUCAGGCGGACCCGAGAUGCUGUUUCGAAAGGUAAACAGGGGAUGAACCUCGUUCUUGAGCGACUGCGCAGCGGUGGCAUUAUGUGUGUACUCGAAGGGAUACGACAGGAUCGGAAGGCUACCUUGGGACCCUGA